CGAAUUUUCUACGAUUUUGGUACUKUCAUAAUGCUAGACUUACUAGGUCAUGUUAUUCACAUUAUAUAAAGGGAAUUUCAUAAGUAUUAAUGUUUUUUUUAAGAGACUAAGGGCUUUGUGUUUCCUACAAGAAUGAUUCCAGGGUUCAGAAAAGCAAGUCUCUCUGAGACACCUGAUGAACGUGCAAUGAACAAAGAGACGAAGAGAAGACUUAUCAAUGAAUUAUCAAACACUGUCAAAGAGUUACAGAAAACACACUUAGAUGAGGACUUGGACAUAGACAAAAAUGAUGAGCAUGCUUUAAUGUUAUGCACGUUGUUAGAAGCGGCUCUUCUACAUGGAUAUCAAGACACUGGUAUCAAAAUGUCCAAUUUCUAUAAUCUUCUUGGAAAAAUGUCACCAGCUGAGUCAAUGCCAAACAAUUCAUUUUGGAAUCUUCUUGUGCAUUUUAUGCACAAAGAUGUUAAGAAAGAACUAGAACAUCUGUCACACAUUACCACAUCCAUUGGACAGUGUAGAGCCUGGGUGCGGCUUGCUCUUAAUGACUGCUUAAUUGAAAGCUAUUUGGAUGCCAUGCUAUCUGAUCACAAUAAAUUAAGUUGCUUGACUCAUCGUUGUUUGUUUGGAUUGAUAGACUUCAAGUUCAACCUCAAUUACAACACACCAAGUUUGAAUACCUGGACAGGGGAUACUUUGGUAUUUGCUGGAAUAUGGCAGAUGGCUAAAAUGGCCAGUCAUUCACAACCAAACACAACUAAUUCUCAAGUUAUGUUAGUACCUCAAUAUCAAGCAUCGCAGAGACCAUCAAGUUCUGCAGCAAUGGUACCUAACAAUAAACCAGUAAAUAGACCAAUGUCAAGAGAGGAGUCCAGUGAGGUAGAAAUAGCUAAAAGUGUACAAGAAAAUGACGRCAAUGAUUUGGCCAUUGGUGGGGAURAUUCUGCCAGGAAACARGAUGUGAMCAUAGURAGAACCAUAGCAGAGAAYACUGAAAAUACUCCAACAGGUAUUAUGCAAAAAAGCAAAGACGAGGUAUAUGAAUGGGAAAAGUUCAUUGAAGAAAAACCUGCAAGAAGUCCCUCSYCUACAGACUUYACUGACAGCCAUGAAGACAAACAACAAGUAGAAGACAUUGACGACAAACCAAGGAGGUCCUCCCUGGACAAGCGUACUGCUGCUGUAAGCCCUGURCCAAUGCUAGGUAGUAAUAAACUAGGCAUCAGYACGGGGUGGUCUUCUGCCUUUGAUACAGACUCGUCAAACUACAUUCAGUCAUCUGAAGWAAGGACUCAAGAAAUUCAACCUCUUUCACAAAAACAAACACCUUACAAAGAACACUCUAACAAGCAACCAUCUCCAGGUCCAGAAACCUAUAAUUGCUUAUUUAGUAAUUACAUGGUACAAGGAGCUGCUAGUUUUCAUACAUCGAUGUAUAACCAGGAAGAUUCCAGGAAAAAAAUAUCAAUUCCCAAGGUUACAAGCCCAGAUGAUGAACCACACAUGCGAGGUUUUGAAGUUGUGCCUCAAAGUUCUUCUGUCCAUUCAGAGCAUGCUGACGACAAAACACUAAAUUUGAUGUCAAAUCUUACACACAUAACUAAYGAACAAGGACUUGAUCAUCAAAACUACCAGUGCAAUGGAUGUGGUAGAAAUAUAGGUAUGAUUUAUGGAGAAGCAAAAGUCUGCAAAUAUGAUUCCUGUUACUACUGUUAUGAGUGUCAUGUUGAUGACGAACAUGUCAUUCCCGCUAGAAUCAUAUACAACUGGGAUUUAAGGAAACAUAGCGUGUGCAGAUCUACUAAACUAUUUCUGUUACAAAUUGAAGAAGAACCAUUAUUGAAUAUCGACGAAACAAAUCCAUCGCUAUAUGCAGUCAUAGAUGAAUUACAUGAAAUWAGGAUGUUACGCAAACAGCUUCAGCACUUGAAAGGUUUCCUAUUCACAUGUAAAGAACCAAUAGCAGAGGAAGUUCGGAGAAGAAUCUGGCCACGGGAAUAUCUUUGGGAUGAUAUUCAUCAAUACUCUUUACUGGAUUUGAUUCAGACAAGUACAGGACAACUAGCUCAUCACAUCAAGAAAAUCAUCUCUUACUGUAAGAAACAUGUCUACAAAUGUCAGCUCUGCUGUCAGAAAGGUUUUAUCUGUGAAUUCUGCAAUGAUCCUAAGAUAAUUUACCCGUUUCAAAUCAAUUCAACCACACARUGUCCUCAGUGCAAAGCUGUUUUCCACAAGACAUGUAUCGCAGGUAGAAAAUGUCCUAAGUGUGCACGCAGACAAAAACUACAAGCUGCCAAAUCUAUGGAAUCUAACUUCAAUUCUCCAUGGGAAUGAUAUAUUUUUGCAAUGCUUCGUUUAACGGGAAGUGCCAUGGACCCUGCUGGUGUUGUCAAUAAUGAAGGAAUGUCUGAGGAUUUUCUUAAAAUGCCUGAAAAUAUUGCUUCAAAAUUAGGCUAGAUUUUAUCAGUUACAAUCAUUGGCUGACUAACAUGAAGCCUGACUCCAACUUCAGUACUUUUKAACUUCUUUGUGUGAAAAUUUAGUUUUUUUCUUUUAUGGUCUCUCAUCACCUUUUGUAAGUGCAGUAGAUCAUAUACUUUCAAUGAAUUUUGCGCUAUAUGAGAAUUAGAAUUGUUAUUAUUGUCUGGCAUCCAGAAAAUUAUUUAGUACAUAAAGAAUUGCAAAAACCUUGAUAAUUUAUUAUUGUAAAAUAUUUUAGUAAUAAAUACAAAUCACCAAAAAUCAAACAAAAUAUGAUUAAACAUUACAAAUUCAGUGUUAC